AUGGCUACAGGUGGACCAAGUGUCCCGUCAGCACAGUUAUCAAGGACAUAUGGCUUCAGGAGGACCAAGUGUCCCGUCAGCACAGUUAUCAAGGACAUAUGGAAGACGGAAAAAUCAAACUGCGUCAUCGGCCGGGUUCUGUCUGUAAAGAAGGCACAGUCCACCGGCGGAAACAGAACGCACUGUGGCCACAGGGAGACUUUCACAAAUGUCACCGCUGUUCAAAUAUUGACGCUGAAAAACAACAAAAUUGCCUCGAUACAUGUGGACGCAUUCGAAUUGCUUCGUAACAUGACUUGUUUGGAUUUGUCUGGAAACAGUCUUUGUGAAGACAAGUUCUUAUUGUUGAAUAUGACCCGUGCUGUGGGGAAUACAAGAGUUCAGCUGCUUCUUCUAGAACGUUUUGGACUCAAUGAUACUUCUAUGGAACAUAAGGAUGCAUUCUUCAAAACAUUUUUGUCUCAGCUGGAAAUAUUUGAUCUUUCUGAGAACAGAAUAUCGUGUACUUGUGAGAAUCUCUGGUUCAUACAAUGGCUACAGGAGCGUGGCUCAAGCAACUCCUCUCCAAUACAUGGAAAACACUACACCUGUGCUAGUCCGUCUGACAUGCAAGGCCAACUGAUCACAAGUUCCCAGCUGUCCACACAGAGAUGUCUCAUUUCACCCCUGCUGUUUCCGUCUGUGGUGAUCAUGUCCGGUCUCAUCGUGCUCGCCAUACUUGUUAUCACGUUCAUCCACAGGUGGCGCUGGCGCUUACGCUACUGUAUCUACAUGCUUAGGUAUAAGAAGAGAAGACAUGGUGGCCAGGAGCGGAUGACCUUCGUCUAUGAUGCCUUUGUUAUGUACGCUGAUGCUGACUCUCUGCGGGUCAGGAGUCAGCUGAUGACUAAUAUCGAGACCACGCAAAGACUCACUCUGUGUAUUCACGAGAGAGAUUUUAUACCCGGACAAUAAAUUGUAGAUAACAUUGUAAAUUCUAUGGAAAAGAGCAAUAAAGUUAACCUUGUGCUGUCCAACAACUUUAGUGAAAGCCCUUGGUGUCAGUUUGAGUUGACUUUGGCCCAGAAACGUGUGAUGGAGCUGGACCACGGGUACCUGGUGGUGAUUCGGCUGGAUGAGGUGCAUGACAGAAACAUGACGCCAUCACUGUAUGCUCUGCUGCAGACGACAACAUACGUGUCCUGGCCGACCGAAGAAGAUGACAGACCGCUGUUUUGGGACCGUAUUGGACGGUGUCUGCAGCAAUAAGUACCAUACUACUGUAAGUGCUAAGGUUUUCAAAACUGUGCAAAGGUUGGCAUAAGUAGGGAUUUCAUCUGUAGAUAUGUGGUGUUUCCAUAUUUUGGAUCUGACCGACGCUGUUGCGUUCCUUUGAUGGCAAGAUUCUAAUUUCGCUCUGAUUUCGUUUGGUUUUAUAGUACCAUACCUGCAUUCCUGACUUUCUUUUAUUCAGUAAUUUUUGACUUUCCUCACACAGGUGUUGCAUAAUUU